CUCACUCCUCUCCUCCUCCCUCAGCCGGAGAAGACAAACACCUCCUCUCCUCACUCCAUCAUCAUGACUAUGAUGUUCUCUUCACGGAGCUCCAUGAUGGGCGGCGGCGGCGGCGGUGGCGGCUACGGCAUGGGCGUGGGCCGAGCAUCCUACGGCGGAAGAGGCAUGAGCUCGUUCAGCAUGGCGGGAGGAGCAGGAGGUGGUGGUGUUAGGGUCUCCCAGGCCAGCAGGACCUUCUCUGCCGGCGGCGGGGGCGGGGGCUACGGCUUCGGUGGUGGAGCAGGCGCAGGUUUUGGCGGUGGAGCAGGCGCAGGUUUUGGCGGUGGUGCAGGUUUCGGGGGCGGCUUCGGCGGAGGGGCGUCCACGGACGACAGCCUCAUCGGCAACGAGAAGUUCACCAUGCAGAACCUGAACGACCGCCUGGCCACCUACCUGGCCAAGGUGGCUGCGCUGGAGAAGGCCAAUGGCGAGCUGGAGCUGAAGAUCAGGCAGUUUGUGGAGAGCAAGGUCGGCCCCUCCACCAGGGACUACAGCGCCUACUUCACCACCAUCGCAGAGCUGCAGGACAAGAUCCAGGACGCCAUCCUCCUCAAAGGGACGGUCCUGCUGAGCAUCGACAACGCCCAGCUGGCUCAGGACGACUUCAGAGUCAAGUUCGAGAACGAGCUGUCGAUGCGUCAGUCGGUGGAGGCCGACAUCGCCGGGCUGAAGAGGCUGCUGGGAGAACUGGGCGCGGCCAAGACCGACCUGAGCAUGCAGAUCGAAAGCCUGAAGGACGAGCUGGCGUCCAUGAAGAAGAACCACGAGGAGGACCUGAUGUCCAUGCGAGGCCAGAUGAGCGGGCAGGUGAACGUGGAGGUGGACGCCGCGCCACAGGUCGACCUCAACAAGGUCAUGGAGGAAAUCAGAGAGCACUACGAGGCCAUCGCCGCCAAGAGCCGCAAAGAGCUGGAGAGCUGGUACCAGACCAAGUCGGAGACGAUCAUGCAGGAGGUGGCGACCACAGAGAUGACGCUGAAAUCGACGACCUCGGAGGUGAAGGAGGUGAAGAGCCAGCUGCAGGCUCUGGAGAUCGAGCUGCAGUCCCAGCUCAGCAUGAAAGCGUCUCUUGAAGCCACACUGGCCGAAACCCAGAACCGCUACGGCAUGCAGCUGAACGGAUACCAGAUGCAGGUGAGCAGCAUGGAGGAGCAGCUGGUGCAGCUGAGGGCCGACCUGGAGAGACAGGGGCAGGAGUACCAGAUGCUGCUGGACAUCAAGACCAGACUGGAGAUGGAGAUCGCAGAGUACAGGAGGCUGCUGGACGGAGAGGGAGUCGGAUCUUCAGCCAUCUCCAUCGCCGUCUGCUCCUUCCCCUCCUGCACCCCAGAAGUCAAAGAGUUCAUCGAGGAGGUGGAGGAGGCCUGAGCCCCACCACGCGCCCGUCGGCCCCGGCCCCGGGGCGGAGCCGGGGCUCAGCCUGCCGCCGUCCUGAUGCUGAACCGGAGAUCAGGAACACGAUGAAGAGCGUUUUCUGCUCUUCGUCACCUCUCGCUUGUUUUCUGCUGCAGCUGAAACCCCGAUCGGUGGAAAGAUGGCGGACUUGAAAACUUUACUGCUGAGCCAACAAACCUUCUGUCUGUAGCUUCAGGGAAUAAAACUCUAACAAACCAAA